ACAUGAAACAGAUAGAGGGCUUUUAUAUAGCAUUUAUAUAUCUCAUUUCGUAACUUUUAUGUUGUGGAUAUAUAAUGUUAGAGAUUUGAAUAUGGAUGAUGGAUAUUUUAGAUACAUAAGAGAGGAUUUUUUAAAAUUGUUGAUACAAAACUAUAUGUUCCAGAAGAAUUUGGAUGGACAGAAAAUUCGUGUUGGAAUUUGUGCCAUGGCUAAGAAGGCAAAUUCUAAGCCAAUGAAAGAGAUCUUGAUGAGACUUGAGAGAUUUGAACAUUUACAGAUAGAGGUAUUUGAGGAGAACAUGAUCACAGGUUGUAGUGUUGAGGAAUGGCCAGUUGUAGAUGCCCUUGUUGCUUUCUUCUCGCACGGCUUUCCUCUCCAGAAAGCAAUACAGUACAAGAAUCUUCAUAAACCUUUUCUUAUUAAUGAUCUUGAGGCACAGUAUGCUCUCAAAGACAGACGUGAAGUGUACAAGAUCCUAGUAAGGGAAGGAAUUGCUCAUCCAAGGUACGCAGUCAUGAAUCGAGAUGAACUUGAAAAAGGUGAAUUUGAAGAGAACGAGGAUGCUAUAGAAGUGAACGGGACGUCAUUUCAGCGGCCAUUUGUCGAGAAACCGGUCAAUGCUGAGGAUCACAACAUAUACAUUUAUUUUCCGGUGUCGGCAGGGGGCGGCUGUCAAAGGCUCUUUAGGAAGGUCAGAUUCUGGGAACCUGUGUCCAAAAAAAUUGUUGGUUCGAGGAGCAGUGUGUAUUCUACGAUCGGUCGAGUGCGUAAAACGGGCUCGUAUAUUUACGAGGAUUUUAUGCCAACUGAUGGCACCGAUGUUAAGGUUUAUACAGUAGGACCGGACUAUGUGCACGCUGAAGCCAGGAAGUCACCGGCCCUUGAUGGGAAGGUGGAGAGAGAUAAAGACGGGAAGGAAGUUCGAUACCCAGUGCUCCUUUCUUCUACAGAAAAAAUGAUUGCUAGAAAAGUGUGCCAUGCUUUUAAGCAAAAUGUGUGUGGAUUUGACUUAUUGAGGACUAGUGGGAAAUCGUAUGUUUGCGAUGUGAAUGGCUUCAGCUUCGUCAAGAAUUCUACCAAGUAUUACGAUGACUGUGCAAAUGUACUCGGGACGAUGAUUGUUAGAGCUCUAGCGCCUCAACUUCAUAUACAGAAUGUGGCCCUUGUUUUAGGGGCUGGUCCAGAAGAUAUCCCAGUUGUGCCUACAACAUCAGGUUCCAUGAUGGAGUUAAGAUGUGUGAUAGCUGUAAUCAGACAUGGUGAUAGAACUCCAAAACAAAAAAUGAAGAUGGAGGUUAAACAUAAAAAAUUCUUUGAGUUGUUUGAGAGACAUAAUGGUUACAAGAAGGGACAUCUCAAGUUGAAGAAACCCAAACAGUUACAGGAGGUGCUAGAUAUAGCCCGUGAUCUUCUGAAUGAGAGGGGCACGACCCAAAACCCCCAGGUUUUUAGAAAAAAGGCAAAAACUGAAAAACUAAAAUUUUUUAGAAAUGAAAUUUGGGUUUUUAAAAAUUAAAAAUUUUUUUUAGAAAUGUACGGACACUUCUCUGGUAUAAAUCGCAAAGUUCAGCUAAAGUAUCAGCCCUAUGGGGCGCCGAAAAGAUCAUCAAGUGAAGAUGAAAUUUAUUCCUUAUUUAAAUUGUCUAAGAAGUUAAAUCUGUACGAGUUUUCGGGCAUUAAUAGAAAAAUUCAGUUGAAAUAUCAACCAUAUGGCCGGCCGGCCACUUCCAGUGACGAUGAAUAUCCAAAAGAGCCCUCUUUAGUGUUGAUUUUGAAAUGGGGAGGGGAGCUAACUCCUGCUGGCAAAUAUCAAGCGGAGGACCUUGGCAAAGCAUUUCGGACGCUAUACCCUGGUGGACAAGGUGAGUUUGAGACCCCAGGGCUUGGUUUUCUAAGGCUGCAUAGUACAUUCCGACAUGAUCUGAAGAUUUAUGCCUCUGAUGAAGGAAGAGUUCAAAUGACAGCUGCUGCGUUUACAAAGGGAUUAUUGGCUUUAGAAGGAGAGUUGACACCUAUUCUUGUUUCCAUGGUGAAGAGUGCCAACACUAAUGGUCUAUUGGACAAGGAAGGGGAAACAUCAAAAUAUCAACAUGUUGUGAAGGAAAGGUUAAUGGAGAUUUUGAACCAAGACAGAGAAUUUACGUCAGAAGAUGAGGAAAGGUUAGCUCCAACAAAGAAUACGUCACUGGUGAAGGCACUGGCGUUUAUCAAGAAUCCAAGACGGAUGUGUGACCGUGUACAUGACAUGGUGAAAGAGAUCACAUCUAAAAUAAAAACCCUCAAGAUGGAGCUAAAAACUAGAGAUCUGAAACUUUACCAUGGGGAAUCAUGGGAAUUAUUGAUCCGACGCUGGGCCAAGUUAGAGAAAGAUUUUAAGCUGAAGACGGAGAACUAUGACAUAAGCAAGAUACCCGAUAUUUACGACUGUAUAAAGUACGACCUACAGCAUAACCAGAAGACAUUACAGUUUGACAGAGCGGAGGAACUGUUUCUGUGUUCUAAGGCUCUCGCAGAUAUUGUAAUACCUCAG